AAUAAGGCUCAGUAUGUGCACAUUCAACACUUGUCGUGCACGAGGGGGAUUUUUGUAUGUGCCUUCGUUGAAGAGUCUUGUGUUGCUGCCUCUGUCAUUGCUUUGUGGGCAUCGUCGUGCCUGCGAUGUGGCCAGAGCGGACGCCGCGGGUGGAGCACAUGCUGCUGGAGUCGCUGGACUGGGCAGCGGCGGCGGCCGGGCCGGACGGCGCGGCGCGCAUGCUGGCCGCCCAGGCCGACCUGCUUGGCGUGAUGGCCGGCGGCGAGGGUGGCCUACGGAGCGGACCGGCCGGCAACCAGGCCUGGCAGCACGCCUUCAGUGCGCUCGAGCACGAGUCGAUCUCGGCCGGUGUGUCGGCGCUGGCGCGCGUGCGCCGCGACUGGCUGGGCACGCCGGACCGACUGAUCCGGGCGGCGCGCCACUACGAGCGCGCGGCGCAGACGCUGAUCCGGCUGGCGGUGAUGGGUGUCACGGAGCGGGUCCGGCUGGGUGUCGGGCAGCGGCCGCCGACUGGCCUCUGGGUCACGGCCCGCUGCCCGGCCCGCGCCGACAUCUCAGGCGGGUGGAGCGACACGCCGCCGAUCUGCUACGAGAUGGGCGGCCUGGUGGUGGACCUGGCGCUCUGCAUAGACGGCGUGAAGCCCAUCGGGGCCCGCGUGCGCCGCACGAGCGACACCAGGGCCGUCCGGCUGAAGAUCUGCGGCCCGCACGGCGACCAGAGUCUGGAGCUGACAUCUGUCGACGAGUUUCGGGACUACAACUCGCCGGCGGCGCCGGGGGCGCUGCUCAAAUGCGCGCUCAUCGUCACGGAGAUCGUCGACCUGGACAGCGACGCCACGCUCAAAAAUCAGCUCAACAAAACGCUGGGCGGCGGCCUGGAGGCGGAGACUUGGUCGCGGCUGCCGCAAGGCUCCGGCCUCGGCACCAGCAGCAUCCUGGCGGCGGCGCUGGUCAGCGCCCUCUGGACCGUCUCCGGACGCACCUACACCAAGGACGAUGUCAUCCACGCGACGCUGUAUAUGGAGCAGGUGGCGACGACUGGCGGCGGCUGGCAGGACAUCGCCGGCGGCGUGGCCGGCGGCGUCAUCGCCUGCUCCUCCCCGUCGCCCGACAAGGGUGUCCCCUUCGCCGUCGGCGUCGAGUGGCUGGCGGUGCCGCGCCACCUUCCGGCCGUGCUGGCGCGCCACUGCGCGCUCGUGUUCACGGGCCGCGUGCGACUGGCGCGUAACCUGCUGCAGACGGUGGUGCGCAACUGGUACGCGCGCGAGCCGCGCCUGGUCGCCACCUUCCGCCGGCUGGUGGAGAACGCGCGCGCCAUGCGCGCCGCCCUCACCGAGGGUGACCUGCAGGCGGUCGGGGACCGCAUGAACGUCUACAACAGCCAGAAAAACGAGCUGACGCCGUCGGCGCUGCCGGAGGUGGUGCAGAAGAUCCUGGUCACGCUGCGGCCGCUGCUACUCGGCGCCACGAUAAUGGGUGCCGGCGGCGGCGGCUUCCUGCUGGUGCUGACCCGGCAGCCGGACCAGACGGACGCCGUGCGGGCGGCGCUGGAGCGGCUCGGCCCGGCCGAGGAGCGGCUCAGCGUGCACAGCGUCAGCGUCGACCCCGACGGGCUUGAGGUCACCGUCGGCGACGCGCCGCUGCCGCUCCGCCAGAACUGUGCCAACUACGCCGUCUGAGCGGCCAGCGACGACGUCCCACGCGUGACUGCGAGUGACGUCGCGCGUGUUGGCCAGUGGCGUCACAAGUCUGUGACGGGCGUCGGGGGGCCGGUGCCCGCGUGAGACACCAACUGGGUUGGAGGAUGUGCGGAGGAUGGCGGCGCACAGAGGGAGGAGCUGACAGGGCGGCGUCAGUCGCCUGUUCAUGGCUCUUGAGAAUUUAGCUCCAGUGAUUGGUCGCCUGACUAGUGACGUCAGAACGAGGGACGAAUCGAUGGGCAUUUUGAUGGGCGUCGCCCCAGCGCGACCGUGGCAAGAGUGGGAGUGUUUUUGAUACCGCUUGUUCCGUGUGUGCAGUUACCAAACAUCCGCUAACAAUUUUGAUAACAGUUCGUGGGACGACGGGAAGGACAACUUAAACGGGUGAAAACUGUAUCUCAGAUAGGUCAUGGCAAAGUUUCUCAUUACCCUGGCGGGAAGUGUAAUGCGGAGGGUGGGGCGCGUGUCAAGCUCUGCCCGUCUGUUGGGGCUCGCAUGUAUCCAAGAGCUGGAGCUCAGCUUUGCAGUGAUUUUGGCUUGCCAGGCUUCGGGGCAGUCGACGGGGAGUUCCUACGAUGCGACGCUACUCGUCGGCCGCAGUGAUGGUGCUACUAAUAGCUGCGCAGGAUGGCCAACAGAUGACCGCGUGGUGAUAACGGUGGACUGUGUAAUCUUCAUCGUGCGUACAAAGAUCGAUUGUACAAGCACCCCACCAAGACGUGAUAAGCGAUUCGUGUAUGUCUUCCGCCGUGAUUGCUUUUUACCAAACCAUUCUUUACAUAUAGAUUUCAGCUGAAGUCAGUAUGCAGACCCAAGGGCGGAACCGUCAGGUGUGUGGGCAGUGUUCCGCGCCGACCGUGCCUGGUGACCCUCCACCAUGGCGGAAGCGCCAAUAAAACUCCGUCACACUCGG